AUUGACUCAUGAUUUCAACCUGUGGAAUUUCUAAAAAUCUCCACAAAACCCAUUCUGAUAAUAAUUGUUUAUCACUAAAAUAUUGAACUAUAUUAGAGUUCAGUUACACUAACAUUAUUCGUCUUAUCGUGUUCUGAAACUUUUCUAAUAUUCUAUUUACCACCUCUUGGUUAACCAUUAAUAAAGUUUGCCAUAAUUUUAAACCAAUAGGAUUUUAAAACUAACGACAAUAUGAAAUUAGUUAACCAAUGAAAAAUAGCGAUAAUUUUCUAAUGUUAUAAACUAUCAAAGAAGUUUCACUGUUUAUUUUCUUUUAAAAAAAAUUCUACUGAACUCAUGUUUACAAUGAUAAAAAGUAUGAGAUUUGCACACAAAUAACUAAUUAAAAAUAUUUGUUUAAAAUGUUAAAGAUCAUGCAUAUUUUUAUUUUAAUUGCAUUACUUUCUUCAUGAAAAGAUCACUGGAGAUAGUGUUAUCGUCAAAGAUAAAAUAAAUGACAUUUUCAAAUUAAAAAUGGAUACUUUAAACAUAAAUUGUAGUCAAUUACAUACAAUCAAUUCUACAAAUUCAUCAUUGAAAAUGAUUUUAUUUAUCAAUAUAAAAUGUUUUGCAAUUAUUGUUCAAUUAAUUGGGAUACCAUUAAACUUAUUUGUAUUACAUGGAUUACUCAAUGUGAAGUUAGGAUCACGUUUAACAACACUACUAUUAUGUAAUCAAUGUGUAUUUGAUUGUCUUAUUUGUACAUUUGCUUUAUUAAAAAUAUUAAAAUCUGAACGUUGGUAUACAGGUUAUAUAAUUAUUGAUAGUGUACUAUGUUACGUGUGGUUUAGUCACACAUUAUUUUGGCUGGUUGUAUUACUAAGUUUAAGUAAUAUGAUGUGUACAGCUUUAGAUCGUUUAGGAGCUGUUGUUUGUAGUCGUACAUAUCAAUUACGUCAAAAUAUUUACAUAAUAUUAUCAUAUACAAGUAUUUCAAUUUACUCAUUAAUAUUAAUCGCUAUCAAUCCAUUCUUAUUACAAUAUCGUGAUCAGAAAUGUUAUGAUACUAUAUUAUAUGAUAAAAACUGGAUAUAUAUAUUAAUGAAAGUGGAUUCUAUAUUGUGGCCAUGUCUUACUUAUUUAUUUCCAUGUGUUUUAACUGUCAGUGUGUAUGGAAAAGUUAUAGGAGUGUUGAAAAGUACAACAUUUCGCCAUCAAUAUAAUUAUAAUAAUAAUAAUAGUUUUAGUACUGCUAUCAGUAUUAAUAGUAGUACCAACAACAGUUGGACACGUAACAUAUCAAGUCAUAAAUUAACUGUAUCCUAUGCUAAACAAAAAAGACAUCGUAAAAUUGCUCAGUCUUUAACAAUAGCUACAUGUAUUAUGCAAACAGUAUUUUUAAUAACGCAUUCAUAUGACAGAAUUUAUUACUUUCUUGGUGUACAUCGAUGGAUACUUUAUCAAAUUGAUUGUACAACUCAUUUAAUUGGUUUAUGGCUUGUAACACUGAAUAGUUGCAUUAAUCCAAGUACGCUUAUAUUUAUUGUACGCCCAUUACAAAUCUAUCUUAUUCAAACUAUUAAUCAGUGUUUUUGUAAAUAUUCAAAACGGUCCAAUAUGCAAACAUCAACAAAUUAUUUAAGUGAACAACAAUCUGAAACGUGUUUAAGCAGAACAGAAUUCGGAAAUAGGUCAAAUGGAAUUGAAUCAUAAUCAAGUAUCCUGUCUAGAAAAAAUUCAAUACUAUGAGAAAAAAACAUUUUCUAAUAGGUUUCUAUAUUCAGUGGUGUGCUUUUUAAAUCCCUUGCAAAGGUAGCUUUCUAUUGGUGAACAUCAACAAUGGAAUAACAAUUAUUGCG